AUUACAAAUUAGCUUCACAAUCAUCCAUAAUUGCAUAUGUUAAUACAAACCGGGAUUAAAGUAGUCGUAUUUUAUUCAAUCUAUGUGUGUUUCUGGAUAUGAACUCCAGCUCGGAUAAGCCAUUUCUUAUUUUUCAGUUCUGUCCAUCGUCCUCUCCAAGGCUGCCAACUUUAUAAAUUGGCAAAUCUGAAAAUCACGAAAAUCAAUUGAGAGUUAUAGUGGUAAUCGGACUUGUAGAGAGAGAUGCUCAGAAGUUUGGCUAGGAGAAUAUCGUCAUCGGCUUCCAGCCGAUCCUUAUCACGGCGGAGCAGCCCGGGCUCGGACCCGACCCGGGCAUUCUGCUCCAGUAUUCUGCCGGACACACUCGACCGGGGCUCCGAGUCCUUCGCCCGAAACUCGGAAGCCAUGGAAGGCGUGAUUUCUCAACUCCACUCGCACAUACUAAAGGUGAUGGGUGGCGGAGGGGCCGAGGCCGUGAAGAGGAACAGGAGCAGGAACAAGCUUCUUCCGAGAGAGAGAAUCGAUCGGUUGAUUGAUCCUGGUUCUUCAUUUCUCGAGCUUUCCCAGCUUGCUGGCCAUGAAUUGUAUGAUGAUCCAUUACCAUCAGGUGGGAUAAUUACCGGGAUUGGUCCAGUGCAUGGGAACCUCUGUAUGUUUGUCGCGAAUGACCCCACCGUGAAAGGUGGAACCUACUUUCCCAUUACAGUCAAGAAACAUCUUAGGGCACAAGAGAUUGCUGCGCAAUGCAAACUGCCCUGUGUGUAUCUUGUGGACAGUGGGGGUGCUUUCCUCCCGAAGCAAGCGGAGGUCUUUCCCGACAAAGAAAACUUCGGUCGGAUUUUUUACAAUCAAGCUCUGAUGUCAUCAGAAGGCAUUCCCCAGAUUGCAUUGGUGCUGGGUUCUUGCACGGCAGGUGGGGCUUAUAUUCCUGCAAUGGCUGAUGAAAGCGUGAUGGUCAAAGGAAAUGGUACCAUAUUUCUUGCUGGACCUCCACUUGUGAAGGCUGCUACUGGGGAGGAAGUUUCUGCAGAAGACUUGGGAGGUGCAUCUGUCCAUUGUAAAACAUCUGGUGUAGCAGACUAUUUUGCUCAAGAUGAACUUCAUGCGCUUGCAAUAGGAAGAAAUAUAGUUAAAAAUCUGCAUAUGGCUGGGAAUAUGAGUGCACAGAAUCAUAAAACAUCUUUUAAGGAGCCUUUAUAUGAUGUGGCUGAACUUCGUGCAAUUGCACCAACUGACCUCAAGCAGUCAUUCGAUAUCCGAUCAGUUAUUUCACAUAUUGUCGACGGUAGUGAGUUUGAUGAAUUCAAGAAACUCUAUGGCAGUACACUAGUAACUGGUUUCGCAAGAAUAUGCGGCCAACCUGUUGGAAUAAUUGGGAAUAAUGGUAUACUGUUUAACGAGUCCGCUUUGAAAGGGGCUCAUUUCAUCGAAUUAUGUACUCAACGCAACAUCCCAUUGAUAUUUCUUCAGAAUAUUACUGGAUUCAUGGUUGGCUCAAAAUCUGAGGCCAAUGGUAUAGCAAAAUCUGGAGCUAAACUGGUGAUGGCAGUUUCUUGUGCAAAGGUUCCCAAGAUUACGGUUAUAGUCGGUGGAAGCUUUGGGGCUGGAAAUUAUGCAAUGUGUGGACGUGCAUACAGCCCUAAUUUCCUGUUCUUUUGGCCGAAUGCCAGAAUCUCUGUCAUGGGUGGGGCUCAGGCUGCUGGCGUGCUGGCCCAGAUUGAACGUGUCAACAAGAAAAAGGCUGGAGUCGAGUGGGCCAAGGAUGAGGAGGACAAAUUCAAGGCAGGUGUUGUUGAGGCGUACGAACGAGAGGGCAGUGCAUACUACUCCACCGCGAGGCUUUGGGACGAUGGUGUGAUCGACCCAGCAGACACGAGAAAUAUCUUGAGCUUGAGCUUAGCCGCUUGUACGAAUCGUGGCCCUCAGAGUACUAAAUACGGUGUCUUCAGAAUGUGAUGAUAGUUAGCCCAUUUGGGUUGCUGAAGAACCAAACGAAAAAAUAAAUAAAUAAAUAAAAAAAUGUAGCAGCAACUUAUGGCUUUGUUGUUAUCAAAGACUGAAGGAGGCAAAGGCACGUAGUAAGAAGAUGUUGGGAAAAUUGCAUUCCAUGAUUCAAUGUAAUGGGUUUGAUGUUAAGUUGUUCUAGUUGCCAUGUGUAUAUAAAGAAGAAAUUUGAAUAAUAAAAAUAAAGUUUUUCCUUUUAUGUUCUUGGUAUCGAGAUUCUAUUAAUACUGGGAAAUCAAAGAUAGCAUGUUUUUUUAGUGUGACAUUGAUGCAAC